CUCUCAAUUUCUUAGUAAGUUUAGUUUGUCCAAUUUUUACAACUCCUAAACCAACAUUAUCUUUUAAACAGCCUUCAUUCAGUCUGUAGCAAACAGGGACAGCAGCAUUCUUACAGACACAAGUUUUAUGCACACUGGAAAAAAAUCAAAAUCAAUUAAUUGACCCCUACACCCAUCACUAUUAUCAUAUGACAUAACACUCAAGUGGUCUUGACGCAUUGAAAUCAGAGCAGAGUCCCAGCUAGGCUUUUAGGCUUUCUCGAGCUUCCGUAGAAAAUGAUUCCGUUUCCAUAGAGACCAUCUUCGAUCGAGGCGAACACCAACAUCUCUGGUAACAUCUAGCUUAAAGAAAGCACCGACAGUGCAGGAACCAGUGCAUGUUCUGCUGUACGGUGCUCGCAUUUCACAAUGUCCUUCAGAGACUUAAGAAAGAAUCUCAUUUGACAGAUUUCACUGAAAUGAUGAGGGCCUUGGGCUAUCCUCGGUUGAUAUCUAUGGAGAACUUCAGAACACCAAACUUCACUUUAGUGGCAGAAAUCUUAAUAUGGCUUGUAAAGAGAUAUGAGCCUAACACAGAUAUUCCCAUUGACGUGGACACAGAGUCAGACAGAGUAUUCUUCAUCAAGGCUGUGGCCCAGUUCAUGGCAACAAAGGCUCACAUCAAGUUGAACACGAAGCGUCUCUACCAGGCCGAUGGCUAUGCAGUGAAGGAGAUGCUGAAGAUCACUUCGGUGCUGUACAGCGCUAUGAAGACCAAGCAGAUGGCCCUGGGAGACAGAGUCGAGGAGGAUAACAACAAGUUCAAAUUUGACCUUGGUUCACGGGUUUCAGAUCUUAAAGCAGCUCGACAGCUGGCGUCCGAGGUCACGUCUAAGGGAGCAUCCCUAUAUGAUUUACUGGGAAAAGAAGUGGAAUUAAGGGAAAUGAGAACUGCAGCCAUUGCCAGACCUCUGGAGAUCAAUGAGACCGAAAAGGCCCUGAGAGCUGCCAUCAAGGAGGUUUUGGAAAACGUGGAGAAGACCAAAGACAUGCUGAGUAACGUUGUCUCUGAUGAGGCUAGUCUGGAUGCCAAGAUAGAAAAGAAGAAGCAGGAGCUGGAGAGGAAUCGGAAGAGACUCCAGACACUGCAAAGUGUUAGACCAGCCUUCAUGGAUGAAUAUGAGAAGAUCGAGGAAGAUCUGCAAAAGCAAUAUGACAUCUAUGUGGAGAAGUUCAGGAACCUGUGCUUCCUGGAGUCCCAGCUGGAUGAAUACCACAGACUGGAGCAGGAGAGAUUUGAGGAGGCUGAAAACACUCUGAGGAUGAUGCAGCACAAACUGAGGGAGGAGGAGAGGGAUUUGAUGAGGAGCUCCUUGAAAGAUGAGGACUCUGACAUUGAUGUUCCAGAGGACGAAGGUUCAGACAGCGACAUGGAAGAAUCUCGACCCUCUAAGCCCCGGCCCACACGGAACGGCAUCAUGGCAGGAAGAGGAGCUCGAUUCAUUGGGAACAUGCAGGGUGGUGACAGUGAUGAGAGUGAAGACAGCGAGAUUGAUGUGGAUGAGGAUGAUGAAGAAGACGAAGAGGGUGAAGAGGAGGAGGAGGAGAGCAAGGAUUUAGAGGAUGACAGUUUGGAGGGCCAAGUGUCCCGGGGUGCUCGCCCUUCCAGAGGGGGCAUGAGACCCCCUUUGAUGGAGGAGAGUGACAAUGACUUCUGACUGAAGAACACACAUACUCACAGAUGUGCUCCAGCUGUUUCUGUAUUCCAGCUCAAAUUAGAACAUCUAAUUACUUCUCAGAAAUAUGCAUUAAAUAUUAUGUUGGAUUAUGUUGUUAUUGUAACAAUAAGCGCUAAUAAAGUUCCUAUUUUGAAUAUUUGUGUGAACUGUUUUGUGUAAAAUAUUUGUGUAAGCCUUAAUAAAAUAUUAACAAUUUAA